AUGGACCAGCUCAACAGCAAGCAAGAAAUCAACGACGCCAUCGCAAAGCACGGGUCCUUCGUCCUAAUGUUCACGGCCGUGUGGAGUGACGUCGGCAAUAUAACCAAGCGCAAUUAUGAGAGAAUCGGUGCCAAACACCCUACCGUGUACAUGGCCUGGGUUAGCACCGAUGACCAUCCCGAGCUGGCCGAGGAAUGGGGUUUUACUGCUAUUCCGUCUACUGUUGCAUAUAAGAAUGGUACCAAGGUCGACUACUUCGUCGGACCCCAAUACUUGGACGAGCAGGUCGAGGAGUUUAUCAAGAAGACGCUCUAA